AGCUAAGUCACCCCCCCAACACACACACACACACCCUCCCACACACAGUUCCACCCCCUAGCCCACAGUGCAGGUAUGACCUGACCUGCAGGCCCACAGCUCCUCAGGUGUAUCAGGUAAGCAGUCAGAGUCUCUCUCAGGUGAUGGAUCCUCAGAGUUCAGUGCUGAAGAGUAAACUACUGAACAUCAUUCCUGCUGGAAGACAACUGCAGAGAACCCCCCCUUCAACCCCGAGGAGAGAGCCGACCCCCGGUGGAGACACACACACUGUGAUAAAGGAGGAAACACACACUCCAGCAGAGAGACAGGCCGAGGACAGCGCCCCCAGCCGGCUGGAGUUGGUACUGAGCCCUGCAGUAAAGAAUGGGGAGAAAUCCAUCCGCAGGGCCAGCACCACGCCGGCAUCAGCGAACACGGGGGACGCUGACCCCGACACCUUCAUCCAGGGCAUGCAGGGGUAUCAGUGGACGGACGCGGAUCUGGAGUUCAUCCACCAGGUGAAGCAGCAGAAACAGGCGCAGCAGCUGCAGCUUUCAGAUAACCCCCUCCUGACCUGCUCACCUCCCUCUCCGGUGAUGGAUCCUCAGAGUUCAGUACUGAAGAGUAAACUACUGAACAUCAUUCCUGCUGGAAGACAACUCCAGAGAACCCCCCCGUCAACCCAGAGGAGAGAGCAGACCCCCGGUGGAGACACACACACUGUGAUAAAGGAGGAAACACACACUCCAGCAGAGAGUCGGGUGGAGGAAAGUGUUCUGAGUCCUGCAGUGAGGAAGGAGGUGAAAUGCAUCCGCAGGUCCAGCAUCACCUCAGCAUCAGCGAACACGGGGGACGCUGACCCCGACACCUUCAUCCAGGGCAUGCAGGGGUACCAGUGGACGGAUGCGGAUCUGGAGUUCAUCCACCAGGUGAAGCAGCAGAAACAGGUGCAGCAGCUGCAGCUCGAGCUGAGUGAUCUGCAGAGCUCCCUGAAGAGCGAGACUCAGAGGAUGGAGAUGGCUGUUGCUGCCCGAGACGAGCUUCAGUAUAAGUUUUCUAAGAAUCCUGUGUCCUGUGAGGUGCUGCUGCAGCUCUGUCGAGACGUUCUCCUGCGCUCGUGUUCUUCUGUUCAGCUGGAGGAUGUAGAAGAUGAAGCUCUGCUAAAGCAGCUCCAGCUGGGGGAGGUGCAGGACGCCGUCAGCGAGGAAUUUGAUAAAGUAAUUCACCUCGAGAGAGAGCUGACCAAAGCUCAGGAGAUCCGAAACAAAGAGGAGCAGAGGAUGAAAGAGGUCAACCUCUGCAUGAAGAACAUCCACACUGUGAAGGAAAACACUGAAGCCCUGAAGACAGAACUCUCUGAAUUAAAGGCCCAGCUGUCUGAGAAAAGGGAGGUGACAAAGGCAGCUCGAAUUAAGAACCACAAAACAGGUAAAACCAGGACUGAUCCUGCUGAUGUCCCAGAGAAUGAUACUCCCAAGGAGAAGGUAUCUUCUAAGGAGGAGGCCAUCAUUAAGGAGGACGCCACCACAAAAGAGAAGCCUGCCCCCAGGAGAAGAGCAGCUUCAAAAGAGAAGCUUACCUCAAAAGAGGAGGCUGCCCUCAAAGAUGUGGCCUCCAUGGAGGAGAAGGCUGCCCCCAAGAAAAGAGCUGCCCCAAAAAAGAAGCCUGUUUCUGAAGAGGAGACUGCUCUCAAAGAGGCUACUUCGAAAGAGACUGUUAUCCCCAAGAAGAGAGCACCUCCUAGAGCGAAGGCUGCCCCCAAAGAAGAGGCCAUCACAACACAGGAGGCCAGCUUAAAGGAAAAGGCUGCUCUCAAAGAGGAGGCCAUUGUGACGGUGGAGGCCACCUCGAAGGAGACGGUUGUCCCCAAGAAGAGAGCUGCCCCAAAAAAGAAGGCUGCCCCUGAAGAUGAGGCCUCCACAAGGGAGGAGACUGCUGCCAAAGAGGAGGACAUUGUAACAGAGGAGGCCACCUUGAAGGAGACGGUUAUCCCCAAGAAGAGAGCAGCUCCUAGAGCGAAGGCUGCUCCCAAGGAGGAGGCCACCAUGAAGAAGGAGGCCAUCCUCAACGAGAAGGAGGCCACAGCAAUUGAGAACACUACCGUAAAGGAGAAGGUUGCCCCAAAGAAAAGAGCUGCCCUCAAAUUGAGACCUGGGAUGAACGAUAAGACUGGCACAGAAGAGGAGACUACCACAAAGGACAAGGUUCUCCCCAAGAAGAUAGCACCUCCCAAAGAGAAGGAUGCUCCCAAAGAGGAGGCCACCUCGAAGGAGAAGGUUCUCUCCAAGAUAAGAGCAGCUCCCAAAGAGAAGGCCAUCGUGACUGAGGAGGCCGCUCCCAAGAAGAGGGCUGCCACCAAAGAGGAGGCCACCACAAAGAAGAAGGUUAUCCCCAAGAAGACAGCACCUCCUAAAGAGAAGGCUGCUUCCAAAGAGGAGGCCUCUACAAAGGAGGAGGUUAUCCCCAAGAAGAGAGCACCUCCUAAAGAGAAAGAUGCUCCUACAGAGGAGGAUGUCUCCAAAGAGGAGGCCACCACAAAGGAGAAGGUUCUCCCCAAGAAGAGAGCACCUCCUAAAGAGGAGGAUGCUCACCAAGAGGAGGCCAUCACGACAGAGCAAUCCACCACAAAGGAGAAAGCUGCUCCCAAGAAGAAAGCACCUCUCAAAGAGAACGCUGCGCCCAAAGAGGAAGCAGUCACGACAGAGGAGGCCGCCUCGAAGAAGAAGGUUAUCCCCAAGAAGAGAGCACCUCCCAAAGAGAAGCCUUCGUCAAAAGGGAAGACUGCCCCUGAAGAGGAGGCCAUUGUGAUGGAGAAGGCUGCUCCCAAGAAGAGAGCAGCUCCUAGAGGGAAGGCUGCUCCCAAGGAGGAGGCCACCGUGAAGGAGGAGGCCGUCCUCAAUGAGAAAGCACUCUCCAGAAAGAAGACAACCACAAAGGGAAGACCUUCAAAGGAUACAAACCUAGACAAGGUUCUACAAGAGGAACAAGCAGAAACGAGUCCUCAGCCACCAGAGAUGCAGAAAUCAUCAAAAACCCGCAAGACAGGCAGACCCCCAAAAGUGCAGAAAUCUCAAAGCCCCUCAGAGAGUGAUUCUCAAUCGGUCUGCCGCUCGAAAAGAGCUGCCACCAAAUCUACCAGAGAGUGAGAUGACCAAUAAGAAAACAGAAUGCAGUUUCAGACAGGGAUAGUCAUAAAAAGGUACUGAACUUAGCACUUAGACCCUGUUCAGACCUGGAAUUAACAUUUUUCCUGGAUAAUCUGGUCAUAAUUGUCCAAUCUUGUGGACAAACUGCAAUCUGAUUCGUCAAAUCACCUCCAGAGGUGGACGCAUAUUACGUCUUCAAACAGCAAAGCCCCGCCCACAAUAGCGGCGUCACUGGCCUCUGCUGGAACAGGUGUAAUAAUCACGAGACCACACCAUCCACCGUCCAAGCGGGUUAGCUGAGCAUAGUACAACAACAGUCUAAUGGAUAAAUUAGGGUAAUACUUGUGACUUGUAGCUCCCUUACCACACACAGUUUAGGCUCAGGAAAUGUGAACUGAAACAUCUUUAUUUAUUUAUAUUGAUUUAAUAAGAAUUAAAAUAAUGUAUUUGUCCCCUGAUAUAAAGCUGCUUAGUUUAGGGGAGUAACUGUACUGGGCUCUGUUUAAGAUGCUAGAGCUCAGUGUUUUCACUGUUCCUUUACUGACCUCUUGUGGCACAUUUAUUCUUGUUUUA